AUGUUCCCUGUGUGGAAACAUUUUGAUCUCAUUUCUCCCAACAAGGUGGUGACAAGGGUGGUGACAAAUCAUGUGGAGAGGGGAAAACCUGGGUUGGAUCUGGAUAAGGGGAUUGAAUUUUACCCUGGUUACAACCGGAUCUCGCACGGCUGCAGGAGCGCUGACCUCCGCUGCUCUGCGGCAGAGGUGUCGGUGUCCGACCACAAGGACCAUGGGAACGAGUUGGUGGUGGAGAAGUUGACGGCGUCCAUCUUGGAGCUGGUACAUUUGUAUUGUGGAACUUUUAACGCGAACUUCCAGCCGAGCUCUCAGAGUCUUGUUGCCGCGGCGCCCGUGCAGGAGGCGGGGCUCGUCUCCACGCUGCUCUCCUUCAACGUGUACGCCGCCCACCGCGUGCCCAUCACCUGGGCCGCCAGUUUCGAGAGUUUCUUUCUGUCGUGUUCUGUGACUCACGGAGGCUCUGAGCUCUGCGCCCCCCAACACACGACCAGACACAACGUCUCCAAGUACCUGUUCCACCUGGUCACCUGGGACCACAGGGUGUGUUUCCCGGUGCAGAUAAACCAACUUCCUCGUGAGUCGGUGUUGACGGUGACUCUGUUCGCCAGCGCUCUGCCUCCACCCGGAGGAACCGACGACAAGAACAAAGUGAGACGCAGCGUCGCCCUCGGCUCCGUCUGCACCCCCCUCUUCAACUUCAGACAUGUUCUGACUUGUGGGCGUAAACUUCUGGGUCUGUGGCCGUCGAGCUCCAGCUCCCCGAACUUCAACCAACCAGACGCCGUCAUCCUACAGGUGGACUUCCCCACGUCUGCAUUCGAGGUGCACUUCUCGACUCCGGCUCCGGCUCAGUUCUGUCCUCAGUACGACUUUAACCGUCUGGACUCAGCGUCGCAGAAACAACUACAGGAAGUGCUCCACAAGAGGGCGGCCUUCUGGUUGACUCCGGAGGACAAGCGUCUGCUGUGGGAGAAACGUUCCUUCUGUCAGGCGCAGAGCUGUGCCCUGCCCCUGGUCCUGAGCAGCGCCCCCUGCUGGCAGUGGGCCUGUCUGCCCGAGAUCUACGGGCUCCUGAAGCAGUGGGCGUGUCUGGGGCCCCUGGACGCCCUGGGCACCUGUCACACCUGUAUUCACCUGUUUCCGGAUCAGGAGUUGAGGAGGACGGCCGUGCAGUGGAUGGACUCGAUCUCAGACGCUGAACUCCUCGACUUCCUCCCACAACUUGUCCAGGCGUUGAAGUACGAGUGUUACCUGGACAGUUCUCUGGUUCGGUUUCUUCUGAGGAGAGCGAUAAGAGACGUGAGCAUCGCCCACCACCUCUUCUGGUUGUUGAAGGACGGUGUGGGCGAGGGGCAGUUCUCGUCGCGUUGUCAGAGCGUCAUGGCGGCGUUGCUCUGCUGUGUGGGACGAGGCGUCCGGGACGAGCUCGACCGACAGGCCUGGAUGGUGUCUGUGCUGAGAGGAGCCGCCCACAGGGUCAGGGACGCACCCGCCAACAGCAGACAGGUGGUGCUGAAGGAGAGCCUGGAGCAGAUGGAGCAGUUCUUCUCGUUGAACAGCAGCUGCAGACUCCCCCUGAGCCCCGCCCUCGUCGUCACGGGGAUCAACAUCAAGUCCUGUUCGUACUUCAACUCCAACGCCGUCCCCCUCAAACUGUCCUUCACCAACCAGGACCCCCACGGAGACCCCAUCAGCGUCAUCUUCAAGUCUGGAGAUGACCUUCGUCAGGACAUGCUCACGCUGCAGAUGAUCAGAAUCAUGAACAACAUCUGGAUCCAGGAGGGUCUGGACAUGAGGAUGGUCCUCUUCAAGUGCUGCUCCACCGGACCUGGGACAGGGAUGGUGGAGAUGAUUCCUCACGCAGACACGCUCAGGAGGAUCCAGGUGGAACACGGAGUCACAGGAUCGUUCAAGGACCGACCUCUGUCCGACUGGCUCCAGAAGUACAACCCCACAGAGGAGCAGUACGACAAGGCGGUGGAGAACUUCAUCUACUCGUGCGCGGGCUGCUGCGUGGCGACGUACGUCCUGGGCAUCUGUGAUCGCCACAACGACAACAUCAUGAUGAAGAGCAGCGGCCACAUGUUCCACAUCGACUUCGGAAAGUUCCUCGGACACGCCCAGAUGUUCGGCAACAUCAAGAGGGACCGCGCUCCGUUCGUCUUCACGUCGGACAUGGCCUACGUGAUCAACGGGGGAGACAAACCGUCGAGCCGCUUCCACGACUUCGUGGAUCUCUGCUGCGAAGCCUACAACCUGAUCAGGAAACACACACACCUGUUCCUCCACCUGCUGGGCCUGAUGGUGUCCUGUGGGAUUCCAGAGUUGUCAGAUUUGGCUGAUCUCAGAUACGUUUAUGACGCUCUGAGACCUCAAGAGUCUGAGGCCGACGCCACCAUGUACUUCACCAGACUGAUCGAGUCGAGUCUGGGCAGCGUCGCCACUAAACUCAACUUCUUCAUUCAUAAUUUGGCCCAGAUGAAGUUCAGUGCGUCUGAAGAGCGCCCCCUGCUGUCCUUCUGCCCCCGAGUGCACACGGCCCGAACCGACGGAACCAUCACCGACCUGCACGUCUGCACCCACCAGCGCACCGCCAAGGGACACAUGUUCGUGGUGAAGGUGGAGCGGGACCACGAGGCGUCUCUGGUGAGAAGAACCUUUGAGGAGUUCCACGAGCUCCACAGUAAACUCCGCCUCCUCUUCCCCUCCAACAAACUGCCCAGGUUCCCGAGCCGGUUUGUGAUUGGUCGAUCUCGAGGGGAGGCGGCGGCCGAUCGGAGGAAAGAUGAGCUCAACGGAUACGUGUGGCACCUGCUGCACGCCGCCCCCGAGGUCACUCAGUGUGACCUGGUGUACUCCUUCUUUCAUCCGUUGCCCAGAGACGAGGCUCCUUCAGAGAGACACGCCCCCAAACCUCCAGAGCCGCGCUGGACUCCUCCCUCGGGGGCGGGGCCUGUGUCGUCGGGGGCGGGGCCUGGGUCGUCGGGGGCGGAGCUCGGUCAGAUCAAACUCUCCAUCUCCUACAAGAACCAGAAGCUCUUCAUCAUGGUCAUGCACAUCCGAGGCCUGGUGUCGCUCCCUGACGGGACAGAUCCAGAUCCGUACGUGAAGCUUUACCUCCUCCCAGAUCCACAGAAAACAAGUAAAAGAAAAACCAAAGUCACGAGGAAAACACGAAACCCCACGUACAACGAGAUGCUGGUGUACGAGCGGAUUCCUCGUGGGGACCUGGACCAUCGGAUGAUCCACCUCCGGGUUCUGGGAGACGGGUCUUUUUGGGAGAACCCGGUUCUGGGCGAGACUUUCAUCCCCCUGUCGUCUGUGAGCCCGGGUCAGCACUGGGUCGACUGGCACCAGCUGGGGGCCCCGUCCGAGGGCCCCGGGCCGCAGCACUGACCCCACCCACCCUCAAGAGGAACUGGUCUGGUCCUGGUCCAGUCCUGGUCUGGUCCUGGUCCUGGUCUGGUUCUGGUCUGGUUCACACUGGAGCAGCUCUUCACUUUUUUUUUAGGAACUGAACCUUGUCACAUUUUUGUAAAAACUGAACUGAACAUUUAAACUGACAUCACAGUGACAUCACAGUGACAUCAC